AUGCAGGCGGCAGCUGACAGCGACGCUCCUGUCAACAGUGGCAGCAGCAGCAGCGGCACCGCAGACGUCGACGACAGAGACGGGGCAGGGGAGAGGAUGGAGAGGACGAGGAUGGAGAGGACGGUGCCAAGCGAGCAGCAGGACCGGACCAACAACCAGCAGCAGCAGCAGCAGACGUCCUCCACGUCGUCCGGUGUGCUCGACAAACUGUUCGGGAAGCGACUUCUCCAGGCCCGACACUACAUCAUGUCUCGGAAGUCCUGGUUAAAAAUGGUUCCCACUGAAAACUGUGACAUCCUGAUGGCGUUCCCAGACACGAUAGACGACCACACUCUGCUGUGGCUCCUCAACCAGAUCCGGGUCGGAAUCCCACAAGUCAGCAUUCAGGUCCGGCAGCAUAAACACACGCAGGCGCACGCCUUCUUCAUCACCACCACGUUUGAGAACUUACUGCGAGGAGCCGAGCAGAUGGGCAUGCACAAGACCGUCAAACCACAGUUUGGUGGCGGGAUGCGGCGCUUCUCCUGUGAGGAGGACAACAUCUACGAGAACAUAGAGAGCGAGCUCUGCUUCUUCACCUCUCAGGAGCGUCAGAGCAUCAUUAAGUACUGGCUGGACAACCUGCGAGCCAAGCAGGGCGACGUGCUUCACAACAUUCACUUCCUGGAGGGACAGCCAAUCAUUCCAGAGCUGGUGGCUCGGGGGGUGAUCCAUCAGAUGUUCCCUCUUCACGAGCAGAGGAUCCUCAACCAGCUGAUGACGUCCUGGGUCCAGGCUGUCUGUGAAAGGCAGCCGCUCGACGAUAUCUGCGACUACUUUGGAGUGAAGAUCGGCAUGUACUUUGCCUGGCUGGGUUUCUACACCAACUCCAUGCUUUACCCGGCUGUCAUCGGCUUUCUGCUCUGGAUUCUAGCUGAAGCCGACCAGACCAGCCAGGACAUCUGCUGCGUGGUUUUCGCCCUCUUCAACGUGGUGUGGGCCACUCUGUUCCUGGAGCGCUGGAAGAGGCGAGAGGCGGAGCUGUCGUACAGGUGGGGCACCCUGGACACACCUGCAGAGUCCCUGGAGGAGCCGCGGCCUCAGUUCAGGGGCGUGAAGCGCUGCAGUCCCAUAACGGGCUGCGAGGAGUUCUACUACCCUCCCUGGAAGAGAGCUCUGUUCAGAUGGCUGGUCAGCCUGCCCAUCUGCCUCCUCUGCCUCUGCUUCGUCUUCCUCGCUAUGCUCCUCUGCUUGGAACUGCAGGAAGUCGUGAUGGAGAUUCAGGAGCUGCCCGGCAUCACCAGGUUCAUUCCUAAGAUACUCCUGGCUGUUACCGUAACCGUGUGUGACGAGGUGUACAAGAAGAUUGCCUACUGGCUCAACGACAUGGAGAACUACAGACUUCAGAGUGCCUACGAGAAUAAUCUCAUCAUCAAGAUGGUUUUUUUUGAGUUCAUCAACUCUUACCUGAGCCUUUUCUACAUCGGAUUCUACCUCAAGGACAUGGAGCGGCUGAAGGAGAUGCUGGCUACUCUGCUGAUUUUCCGCCAGUUCCUGCAGAACAUUAAAGAGGUCCUCCAGCCGUAUCUGUAUGAGCAGAACAAGCUGGGCGUCUUCACCCCAAAGGUGCUAUGGGAGCUGCUCCAAGCCAUCACCAUCAAGUACGGCCGCCUGGCGCUGGGAAAGGCCCAGGCCUCCAUGACUUCUUAUUCCUUUCUGGGUCCCAGAGGGAUCCCCGUCAGCCCCACUAACGGGAACCCGGAGCCAAAGAGACGAGGGGAUCUGAAGGCUGGAUUCAGGCUGACAGAGGAAGAGUGGGACAUGAAUGACAGUGCCUUGAAGCACCGUAAAGUCAGCUUCACAGAGAAGGUCGACUACCAGGACGUCACGACGGAGACGCAGGCCGUGGACGACAGCUUCCUGGAGGACAGCCCCACCCUGGUGGAGGACGGGAUGGAUCCGUCCAGUAUUUUUGACAGUUGUGAUGAGGACAGUGAUUGUGAAUCGUUUUCUCAACAGGAGACCAAGGAGAAUGUGUCCUCUCCAAAGGAAUCUGACUCUCUCUGUCAGAGAAGAAGGAACGCUGGGGAGGGGAAAGAUGACAAGAAGUCGUGGAUUGAUCCGCCAGAAGAACCCAAAGGCGUCACUCUGACCCAGGCUGAGAUCGAGAGCUGCAUGCAGACGUACGAGGACACGCUUCAGGACUACCAGGAGAUGUUCAUCCAGUUUGGCUACGUGGUGCUCUUCUCCUCUGCGUUCCCGCUGGCAGCCAUGUGUGCUCUUAUCAACAACAUCAUUGAGAUCCGCAGCGACGCCCUGAAGCUCUGCACCGGCCUGCAGAGACCCUUCGGUCAGAGGGUGGAGAACAUCGGCCAGUGGCAGACUGCGAUGGAAGCCAUGGGUUUGAUAGCCAUUAUAGUUAACUGCUACCUGAUUGGUCAGUGCGGGCAGCUUCAGCGUCUGUUCCCCUGGCUGAGCCCUGAGAUGACCAUCAUCUCCAUCGUCUUACUGGAGCACUUUGCAAUCCUCCUAAAGUACAUCAUCCAUGUGGCCAUCCCUGAUAUCCCCGGCUGGGUAGCAGAAGAGAUGGCCAAGCUAGAGUACCGCCGAAGGGAAGCUUUCAAGAAACAUGAGCUGCAGGCACAGCAGCACUUCCAGCAGCAGCUCAGACGCCGACGUGAAGAAGAGGAACUCCAGCGUCAGGCUGAGCUGCAGGCCGAGGCCCGUCAGGAGAGCGACUACCACAAGGCCGACGCCCAGCACCAGCACCACCACGACAAAGCACAAGGGAACAAGCCAGGGGACAAGCCCAAGAGACCCAGCUCUCUCCUGGGCAACAACAACGUGAUGAAGCUGAAGCAGAUCAUUCCUCUCCAGGGGAAGUUCUCCUCCGGUACAUCACGCUCACCAGCGCAGUCCCCAACAGGAGGGGAGGCGAAGCUGCCCGGGUUUCUGAAGUUCUUGAAGUCACCUGAGGUGAAAAAAGAGCCGGCGGUGGCAGUUGGAGCAACGACGGGGUCAACGGUCAGCUCUUCAGUUCCCCCUAGUGGCCAGGAGAGGUCACAGUCCCCCAACAGGACUUUCAGUCCUGGGAAGCUGUUCAGUUUCAGUAAGUCAGAGGGCACAGUGGUGUGUGCAAAUGGGACCCAGCCACCGACCCAGGCUGCCAGCGCUCAGCCCAACCGGGCUGACUUAAACACAACACAAGAGGAGCUGCCCUCCAAUGAGUCCGACAAAGGAGAAUCAAGACAAUUGACUGAUUUAGAAAACUCAAAGACUUAA